AAGAGUAAUAUUAUCCGUCACUUGUAGGGUGUGUACUGGUAAAGUGACAGCGGCUUCCAUACCCUAUUGAAGCAGGGGAGACGUUCGAUAUCCUCAUUGUAGUAACACAUCUACGACAGCAUUGUUCUCAAUUAGCCGGUGUUAUGAGGUAUUUGACGUGUAUGUGUGCUGACUAACGACGGGUAGUUAUGAAUCAGCAGUGUUAGAUAUACCUGUAUUUACCUGUGUAGGUAGCAGUACACAUUACCUAUGUCCAGACACGAUCGACAGGCAAAGUUCCAAGUCGCGCCAAUGGAAUAUACGUACAGGUAAAUACCAAACAACACAGUACGUCGUAAGUACUGCCAUGCCCAGGACACUGGUCAUUAGUGCUGACCAGAAAAGGUCACCCUGGACAUCAAGUGACCGACGUGUUGUUUAGGCGCCCCUCUUCCUUGGACAGUGAAAUCACGUUAUAUAACUGUUCCUCAGUAUGUAAACUGUAAACAAAUAGGAUUGGCUUCUACAUUCUGUGUACUUUCCCUUCCAUAUUGGACUUAUGCUGUCGAACCAGGUGCUUUCGUUGUGGUCAGUCGCCGGAAAGCAGUUGUGUUGUCUUGAACGCCUGUUCCGGAUAGAGUAUUGCUGAAGUGGACAUUUCAUGUAUAACCUGGCGAGGACAGAACGUUUUGUCAGGAACUAUCUCCCCAAACCUCAUCGAAGGUGCAAUAGUCAAUCAUGGUAAACACACAGGAACUCAUCGCCAUUAUCGGCGGCUCCAUCGCUGGUCUCAUCGUCCUCCUCGUCCUCAUCGCCAUCAUCAUCUACUGUACUUGCGGGCGCAUGCGUGAUAACAAAAAGCGUGGGAGAAGCUUUCAGCAUUUGAAUUCAACCACCGAUGCAAGUUUAAGUAAAAAUAGCAACUUCGGUAAUGGCCUUGACCCCCGUCUUGAUCCUCGACUUGAUCCUCGCAUUGACCCCAGAAUGGAGCAACGCGUUGACCCCCGGCUUCCAAAGGUCGGGAGCGCAGGAUUGUGGAUGGGAGCACCGUCUAUGUACUCAACUAGUCCGUCUGAUGCGUACUACGUUGACAGACCUAAGCGGGGGUCCUCGCUUCAGAGAGCCUCAUCGGAGCAAAGACUAGCACCACCGUCCAACGGCCAUAUGGUGUACCAGGGGAACGUGCAGCAGCUGUACCACAGCCAGCAGGUGCCCAGUGCCGUGUACCACCCGUUCAACUCCGGCUAUGUGCACAACGGAAUGUACCCCUACAACUACAGCGGAGGGCCAGAUCGUUCCAUUAUAGUGGAAUACCAAGAUGAGGAACAGUAUUAUCACAACUAUAGAAGGAAUGAUGAAGACUCCCUCAGGAAGGGUGCGAAGGUCAAACGCACACACAGUGACCUCACAGGCACCAAGAGAAAAAAAGAUAGGAAACGAAGGGAGUCGCCAGCGUUUGAGAGAACAAGGCAUGAUGACCGAGCACGAAAGGAAGAACGACCAAGGACAGCGUCUAUAGAAGUGCACAGUCGCCAAAAGAGGGCUCCCCCUCCUCCUCCUCCUCAGGGUUCCGGUCGACAGUCUACCAGUGGCCUUAGAUACUCUGAGGAACAAAGCAAAUCACUAGACUUUAACGAUCAGACACUGUCAACACAGUGCGCAACUGAUAGUGCCAAACUUCGUGCAAUGCAAGAGAAAUCCAAGGAUCAUGAACUCAGUAGAAAGUGGCAGAACCAGGACGAGUUGAAACUGAACCUGCCCGUCAGUGAUGACGACGAGCGCGGCAGUGUGCACGUGCGAUCUUAUGAGUACACAGGUCAAUUGAAAAAACCUGAAAAUAAACAUAGUUCAUCUAGCAACAAAACAGACGGUGUUGCUAGGGCUUAUGUUAAUCCUUCCAAACAUUCACAUUCUAAUCCAGCAUUCUCACCAGAUGAAAUCAUCAGCUCUACGGCCAGGAAGGACGUCCCGUCACCUGGCACGAAACAUCGCAAGGUGGAGAAAACUGAGAGUAAUACAGACGGGAAGCAAGUGUCUGCUGCGUUUGGCUUCCUAGACAACUACCUUUCUGAUGACGACGGUGAGAGUCGAGCACAGUCGCCACAACCUUUCGUGUGAGUGUGACGCAAUACAUUCCAGUCAAUGAUGCAAUAUACCGGGGAUGCAUCUGUGCAGAAUUCUAUUCGGCCCCAGAACGUCCCGGUAACAUGUCGGGUCGGAAGCCAAUUAAGUGUUUGCUUGCAAGUGUUCUCGCCUGUCAAAGACUACAAUGACGUACAUACGUGACGACUGUCACGAUCUCCUCUACAAACGGGUGUCCGGGGCCGUUUUUGGGCUUUGUUAAUUUUACAAAGACAAUGUUUUGACAUUCAAUCAGAAGUCUUGGCACUGUAUUAUUGGAGGAUACCAUUUACACUGAAAUGCUAGUGAUAUUGGACACGGUAACUUGUCCUGGAGGACGAUAUAAAUGAUGUUGGACACGGUAACUUGUCCUGGAGGACGAUAUAAGUGAUGUUGGACACGGUAACCUGUCCUGGAGGACGAUAUAAGUGAUUUUGGACACGGUAACCUGUCCUGGAGGACGAUAUAAGUGAUGUUGGACACGGUAACCUGUUCUGGAGGACGAUAUAAGCAACACCUGCCAACAGUUCCUUGCCAAAUGAUACUACCUUGCUGACAAAACAUUUUAAAUCGAUUAUAGGUUACAAAUGUACCUAAUGUUUUAUCCGUUUAAACAUGACUUUAUGUCAUUUAAGUCUUUUCUGUAUUAGAAUAUUAUCUACUACUUUAUAUUAAUUAUCUCCCCUCCACCUUUUUCUCAUUCACUCUACAAUACUUUCAACAGGUAUGUUACAUUUUAACACAUUAUAUCAUAUCAUAUUCAUCAUCCUUUUUACUUCUUUUCUAUUGUUCCUUUGAUAAAAUGAUUUUAUUUAUUUACAUGUUCUUUAUAAGCUAGAUAAAAGAUUGGCCAAAAAGUCUAUAUAUAUAUAGCUGAUCGUCGGCCGUCAGGUAUCAGUAACAGUUUACAUGUAUAUACGGUUUUACUUCAGAUCAAUCAUUAUCUAUACGGGUAUUUGAUGAAUGCAAGUUUUACUCUUCUAGUUUAUUGGUAAAUGUUAAUACAUGCCCUUUUAUACUUCUUGCAUUUCUUUUAUCCUAAACAAAAUGUCAAGUCGACAUAAAAGAGGACUGCUUGGUGGAAGUGUGUGUAUGAACGCUGCGGAAUGUUCCUAUUCAGUAUCUGUAAAGGAAGGUAGUGAGUGCACCAUGUUGCGUCAUAACCCGAUACAGGUAAAAAAGAAAGUGAUUGUUUACUAGCUAAUGCGCGUGUGGGAAGGCCAGUGAGCUAUUGUUGAUAAUGAUUUAUUAUUGAUCAUGUAGUGUUAUACCAAAGAUGUUCUUUAUAUAUUGGGAAGAAAAUCAAAAUAGAAGUCGACGUUAGUAUAUAGUCGGACUGCGGACAUAAGGGACUGGUGAUAGUGCUACAUAUGACGUGUCAAGCCACGUGACAAGUGCAUUACGUUGCCGGGGAUUAACGCCUCUCUUGGAGUGGUUACAGAUCUGUGUCGAGUGUCUAUUAAACACGAGAAGUCAUUGUGUAUUCGGAUACAGUGUUAAAAUGUCAUUGUUUAGCGAUGUCAUCUGAUUUAUUCAUUUUAGAUGCGCAAUAUUAUUGUAACGUGUGAAUGUACAUGUUUGAAGCGCGACCCUUGUCACGUGGCUGCUUAACACGUCGAUGCGCAAUACCUUCUGAAUGUAUUGGUUUACGUCUGUAAGAAUAUAUUGUCUGUAAUUGUGUCUGUUCUUAUUUAUAUUCAACACAGUAUUGUGUCAUUUAUUACGUUUCACGUCGAGUAAUACUCAAAUAUAUUUGUAUAUAUAUUUCUUAUAUCAGGUACACUGUAUUCUUACUGGUAUAUAACGACAAUAAAUAUUAUGCCAAA